AAUUUCAGGUUUUGGAGUUCACAUUAAGCUCUCAGAGGCUGCUGUUGCAUUGACUUUAAUUCGUUAAUUCAUUCUGUAUAUAUGGAGGCCUAAUCGCCUUCGCAUCAGGUUUGGUUUCACAUCUCGGUAACAACUCGUGAGCACAACACAAAGAAACGGAUUCUCUCUCUCAAUUAAUUGCGAGCAAAUAUCCGUGUGAUAGGUAGGUUGGGGCUUUUUGGGGGUACACAAACCUAAACAUGACCAUGGAUCGAGCGAGUCAGAGCAGCACCGACUCGCCGACCCGAGACCUGAAAGUGGUGUCCGUCGAAUGCCUCAGGGGAAGUGCCAAAUCGGAGGAAUGGUCGGGGGACAUGCUUCAGUCCGGCGACAUAGUCGAGGAGCUUAGAAUCGGAUCGUCGCCCAACUCCUUGAUCCGAUUCAAAGCUCCCUUCAAGAACGGCAGGAGCGGCGUCAACAAGAUCCUCCAGGACUCCUAUAAGAAGAAGGACACCUCCAUAGUGGUUCGGGUCCGCCGUGGACCUCAUGAGUUUGCCGAAUUGCAGGCCUGUAUCGUCCCUAACGACAAGAAGCAGUACGUCCUCAGGUCUAUCACUGAUCCCAAUUACGUUGUCGGUUUCUUGGAUCGAUCCGAGGCCGAGUGCUUCCAGCUUCAAGGUUCAAGGGCCUCAAGGAUGGCGAAUGAACUAAAUAGGGCUCGACCUCAAGAUGGAUAUGUAUCGUAUCCAUGGGAGAGAAGGAUGCAGGAGUUGCUACCAGUUCCCAAUUCUAGCAACUUCCUUUCCAUGCUGUUCCUUCCGAAAACUUCAGAUCGCGCAGCUUCUCGCUAUAAUGAUCUAGAAGACACGCUGGCCCGGGCAAAUGCAUGGCUUCAAGCUGCUCAGUCUUCAGGGGUUCCCAUCGUCUUUAUCAACAUCCAAACUGAGUCACUGCUUACCAAGAUCUCCGGAGAGACAGCGUCGUCAACUGUGAGUGCAGGGUCAUUAUCCGACUUGGCAAACCUUGCAAACGCAAGCCUUUACGGCUUCGAGGAUUACCAUGGGGUGGAUAUAGGUGUUGUCCGGGCAGUUCGACUGUGGUACGCUCCAAUUGGGGAGGAGUUCCCAGUUGAGAUCAAACUAAAAGAGAGCGACGCAAAGCUCGGCUUUGCCAUUAGUCGCACAGAAGAGGGAUUUAUUUUCAUCUCCUCAGUGAUUAAUGGUCAGGAAAAUCUACCUGCCACGCGAUCAGGGCUCAGCAAUCUGUACAAGGAAGCAUCCAACACUUCAAGGUUAUUGGUUGUUUCGAGAAUUUCAAGUCAGAAAGUGCUUCCGUGGUUGGUUUCAGCUACCGGAGCCAUUCGGUGCUUCGACACGGUUUCGCUCAGCCAGAAGCUGUCCUUGCACAGACACGCCAGGGCUCCCAUUAUAAUGCACGUCUUCCUGUGGGACCCAGCAUUGGCUUCUACAAGUGGAGGAAGCACUAGGUUUAGAGAUCCGUCUCCGUUACCCGAUGAAGCUCAAUUACCAAUCCAUGAUUCCAUUGAUAGUGAAACUCAGGAAUUGCUCCCGCAACCAUCUGCUGCAGUUGAAGUUAGCAGCAGCGAGAGAUCAGAGUCCAGGAUCCAGAGAGACACUGCUGGUGAUCUCUCCUUCAGAUUCCACGACUUCUCCGUCUCCAGCAAUUGGGUUUGAUGUUCCUUCUAUGAAGUAUGUCACUUUUUACGUACAUAAUUUGAUAUGUAGCGCUUAUCUUUAGAGAUAGGUUUAAGUUGUUUGGGAAAACCUUUGCCAUUUUUGAUAAAUAACAGUGUAAUGUUACUAUGA